CAAACGUCGAAGAAGUAGUACAAGCUCGAGAAUUGUCUCUCACAUUUCGUGGACUGUGUUUUUUUUAUUGAAUUUUUCUAGUGUGAUAAGUUAUUUUGUACAAUAUAUUAUCAAAAUGAAAAAUCUGGUGAUCUUUAUUGCGCUCACGACCAUCGUGGCGGUUCAAAGUCAACAGUACACCACGCCUGUACCAAUCCUGAAACAGAUCAACCGUCACAAUGAGGAUGGCUCGUACAGCUUCGGCUACGAGGCGGCCGAUGGCAGUUUCAAGAUCGAGACAAAGCAUCCAAACGGGGAGGUUUUCGGCAAAUACGGCUAUGUCGAUGCAGGAGGAAAGCUGAGAGAAAUUUCUUAUGGAGCCAGCAAGAGAGGUUUUGAGCCAGAAGGUACUGACAUUAAUGUGCCACCACCGACUCUGGACAACAACCCCGAAGCCAUCCGGCCACUGGGACCCAACGAGGAGGACGACGGACAGUACCGUGAGGAUCCCAGCGUGUACUACAAGGAGGAGAAGUACAACACGCCCGUGCGCUCGCAGCCCGCGACCCAGCACGGCUUCAACUACCAGGCCGGCCCCAAUCAGUACUACAACGAGAACGCCGCUGUGCGAGAGCAGGCUCCGGUUUAUCAACAACCCCAGCACAGAUUCAACUAUCAGCAGCCCCAUUACUACCAGCCACAGUCGCACGGUCGCUACCAGGCGCACCCCGCUGCCACGCACUUCGACAUCAACACGGGGUCCUACACCCUGCAGUACACUGGCUAGACUGGCCACCCCUCCCCACCUCCCCACACCAAUGUACCAAAAGCUUACUGCACUCUCCCCUCUCAUCCCCCUCUUCCCCUCAAAAGCGAGUGCUCUAACGCUCCCCUCAAGUCAAGAAAAUAAAGUACUGU